UGCGGAGGAAGCCGCUGAACUUCACUCAGUCUCGUUUGAGUCCUUGUCGAGUGUGGGUGUUGAACGUCCUUCCAGGAUUCUCAAGUUCAGGCGAAUAAGGAUGGAUUCCAUCGAGGGGAACAUCAAGCUGCUCCUCCAAGGGAAGGAAAUCGAGGAAUCGCAAGAAUUUUGUGACUUUACCCUCGACGACCAGAAUGAGGUUACAGCUGCGAAGGGUGUUGCUCCUUCCUCACCAGCGGAGUUCACGCCAGUACUGAAGGACAAUGUUUGCUUCAUUGUGGCAGCUGUUCUGGUCAACUCAGAGGGCCAAGUGUUAAUGAUGCAGGAAGCCAAGAGUUCCUGUGCUGGACAGUGGUAUCUACCUGCAGGACGUAUGGAGCCUGGUGAAAGUAUUGUGGAAGCAGCAAAGAGAGAGGUACUAGAGGAAACAGGACUAGAGGUUGACAUCACCACACUACUCAUGGUUGAGUCAGCGUCCGGGUCUUGGUUCAGGUUCGUUGUGACUGGCAGUGUCACAGGAGGAGAACUCAAGACUCCAGCAUGUGCAGAUAAGGAGUCACUGCAAGCCAAGUGGGUGGAGAACCUAGGGGAACUCAGUCUCCGUGGAAAUGACAUAUACCCACUGAUCCAGAGAGCGAAACAGUACUGGGAGAAUCAGGAAUCUUGGCACCCACUGGUUCUUCCAGUGACCAGACCCCACACUCGAUUGCUGAUGAGAUUGGUGAUCGCCAUUCGCAAGAAGGUCAAUAACCGUGUGUGUGUGUUGACAAGUGAUAAGACAGCAACCCAUCUUCCAGUUACUGAAAUCAAUCCAGUUCGUUCCCUUCACUCUACCUUAAGAAAAUAUAUGACUGAGAUUUUUGGGUCAGAUCUGCCCCCCCACAGACCCCAAGGCGUCCUCAACGUUGAACUACAAACAAGCUCACCCAGAGGCAGUCACGAUGGCCUGUGUAUUACAAUACUCGUCCCAAUACGCAAAGCACUGGAGGAGGUUCCGCUCAUAGAUAAAUACUCUUGGGUAGAAUUGCCCAAACCACUAGGUGAAGACCUCCUUAAUCGCAUGGGCAAGAACAUGAUUGUACCCUUGAAUGUGAUACGAGUGGCUACACUAAUCAAUUGAGUUUGCCGUCUCCCUCCCUGCCUCACCAGUCGCUGUUCGUGCUACUGGGAAUCGUGUGCCUAAGUUGAAGUCAAGUAAGGGACGCUAGUGGAAGCCGAGACCAGCUAAUGUGUCCAGUUAGAUCACAUGAGGGUGUAACACAUGAUGCAUUGCUUAGAUAUUUGCCGUUUCUCCAUUGCUUUACUUUUUUUUAUAAUGAAAAAAGUAUUUUCUUUUUUUUAUUGUGAUUAGUCUCUUAAGACUGUUUAGGGUGAAGAAGUUACUCUAAUUCAAAAGAUUUACAUAUUUUUUUGUGUAUGUAGCUAUUGUUUCAUUCUUUCUUUUCUUCAAAUUUUAAGCUGGUUUUAGCUUAAACUUCGAGAUGUAGCAACAAGCUGCAAUGGAGUUCUGGCAGUAUCAAAGUGAUUUAUGCAUAUGCCUGUUAGAUAUGAUAAGCCAGUAUUGCCAUCACCAAAAUGAAACUUUAUAGUUAAAUCUGUCUUUACUAUUUAUUCAAGUGCAGUAAGUUUACUAGCUUGAUAAAAUUUUUAAUAAUCUUAAAAUGCAUACUUUAUGAGUUCUUGAUAUGUCUACCUUCCAUACUCAGACUGUUUUCUCUGUAUAAAAUAAGUAUGGAGUUUUUUUUCCAUUUAAUUUCAUUGUUUAUUCUUACAGCUGACUCUUAAGACUUUUAAGAAAUGAACUUCAACUGGCAUUUUAACAGGUUCUCUUGCACACUAUAGCAUCUGGGCUUUGCUCUUACUUUCAUAUAAGACCGUUCGGCAUUUCAUACUGGCUUCGGGGUGUAUCAUUAUUUCCCUUACUUGACUUCUCUCAAAUGAAAAAGGGGAUUUCUUUUCAGGUGUUCAAUUUCAAACUUUUGAAUUUUUGUUUCUUAUCUUUUUUUUUAUGUAUAACUCUCUGGAUUAUGUGUGGCAUCUAGAGCAUGGAUUUACAAAAGUGUCUAAAUUUCUAGUGUAUUUUCCAGGGAUUUUAUUGGGCUCAAUUUUGUGAAUUCUCAGAGCACUUCACAGAAUUUCAUUACUUUUUGUGUUCAUCUUGCUUACCAAGUUUAUUUUAUUUCUUACUUGGUUUGGUUUUCUUACAAAGGUCUGAUACAUUGUGGUAAGACUGGUAUCACAGACGGUUUAUUGGGUAGUGGAUUUGAUCUUCAGUGAUAAUAGUAUGUCUUGAAACUCAUUGUGUGAAUAUGUUUACA